AUGGCACCCCCUUGGUUGCAUGGUGUAGCGCCCUCUGGGAUGCACCUUGUUGUAGCACAUCUACCUCGUCGUCAAAACGAGAUGGUUGCAGGAGAAUGGACACGUGGAAUUUUCAAAAGAACAAGACAGACCCGUGACCUCAUACCAGAACGGGCCCAAAAACAGGUCCAUAGCAUUAACACCCUCCUGCCUACACCCCCAAUCCCCCCAAUCCCCCACCCUACCUCACUCAAUUCUCCCCCUCCGCCUGUACAGCCGCUCGCAAGUGAGGCAACUUUCACGAAGCUUGACAAGUCAGGAAUGGACCUUGCAAAAGUUGAGAUCCUCAAGAAGGUGUUUAAUGUUAGGGGUAUGCCUGAAUGGGAGGUUGGAGGGAGCAUUGUGACUAAUUCACUCGACACCGCUGCUCACGCGCACUCCAUCAAAGGCCCCCCGUCAUGA